AUGACUACAAUGAAGUUGACAGAUGAUGCUAAGGCUUUCUAUCUUGCUGUGUAUCAUGUUGUUAAUCAAAUCCCAGUUGGUCAUGUAGUUUCAUAUGGUCAUAUAGCACAUCUUGUCAAUAAACCACAGAACUCUCGUCAAGUUGGUACUUCUAUGAAACUCAUAUCUUCCAUAGUUCCAGCUCUAAACUCAGAGUUGCCUGAGAAUGAAUGGAUAGAUAGCUCAACAUUACCUUGGUGGAGAGUAGUUCUGAGUGCAGGUAAGAUCUCUCCAAGAGGUGACUCAAAUUCUGAAGUUAGACAGAGUAAUUUGCUCAAACAAGAAGGCGUUGAUGUCCUGAAUGCAUUAUUUAUAGAUCUUGACACCUUUGGCUGGUUCCCUGAAGAGGUAGACAUAUAA